GCAAUCGGGAUGCUUACGUCCGGGAAUGGCGCGAAAGGUCGUUUCCCCGAAAUAGCUUUUUUCGUCUGUUGAAGUCAGCGCGACUUCUUACUCGCGGUAUCUAAGCGGACAGCUCUGAGCCAACUUAAGGUUUGCCCUGGAGGUGGAGAAGGCAAGUGGACUGAAUUCUGCCCUGUGAAUUUCGUCCCUCCAUCCCCUCUCCCAUUAAUGACCAUAUUAAAAAAAGUAAAAAGCAGGGUGCGCCGCAGGUCUCCCCAGCAUCCGCGGGAGUUUGGGGCACCCGUGCUCAGCCUGAAAGUCGGGGCGCAGUGGGAGGCGGUGCGCAGCGGGCGAGCUGAGCAGAGACGGUCAUCUCCCGGCCGGGUCCUGCCGGACAGCGACAGUCCAUGGCGGAUCCGGCCCCCUUACCUCUUACUUUUGAGGAUGUUGCCAUUUAUUUCACGGAGCAAGAAUGGCAGAACCUAGAGGCGUGGCAGAAGGAGCUUUACCAGCAUGUAAUGAGAACUAAUUACGAGACUCUUGUUUCUCUAGAUGUUGGAAUUCCCAAACCAAAACUAAUAUCCUGGAUUGAACAAACAGGGGCUCCCUUCAAAAACUGUGAAGAAUCUCAGAAGUCAGAAAACAUAAUUUCUUCUUCUGCAGAUGCACAUUUUGAUCCAGUGACUGAGGGGCAGCUGUUUGGGGGAAGCCAAAAAGCUGUAAAUUCAGGAGAAACUAAAUGUCAUUUCCGAUUAAACCCUCAGCUGAAUAUCCCCCGGGAACAGAGGGAUUUCCACUGUAAUGACUGUGAUGACAGCUUCUACACGAAGGGCCUGCCGAAAGCCCAGCGGCUCAGACACAAAGGAGAGAAGCCAUUUUCUUGCAGCGAAUGUGGCCGAGACUUCAGCUACCAUUGUAAGCUCCGCGAUCACCUGCGAGUGCACAGUGGGGAAAAGCCUUUCCAGUGCCCAGAGUGUGACAAGAGCUUCCGUCUGAAGGGUGUUCUGAAGGUUCACCAGCGCUCCCACAGCAGGGAGAGGCCGUUCUGUUGUGGAGAGUGUGGCAGGGGCUUCAACAGACAGUCGAAGCUCACGGAACACUUCCGAGUGCACACAGGGGAAAAGCCUUUUCAGUGUCCCGAAUGUGACAAGAGUUUCCGCUUGAAGGCACAGCUGCUCAGCCACCAAGGCCUGCACACGGGGGAGAGACCUUUCCACUGCCCCGAGUGUGAUAAAAACUUCCGAGAAAGGGGGCACAUGCUUACACAUCAGCGCAUACAUAGGCCUGAGAGGCCCUUUUCCUGUGGAGACUGUGGCAAGGGUUUCCUUUAUAAGUCUAAACUUGCUCAACACCUCAGAGUGCACACAAAAUCCUGCAGUGCUCCAGAUGAGCCUGAUAUUAAGAAAAGGCUUAGCCAACUGUUUGCAAUGAUAGAGGCUGAUUGGAGUUGAGGUAGAGCGGGACAUAUAAGGUUGGAACAGAACUUCUAUUGCCUGAGAAUCCACAAUGGUGCCCAAACCCAACUAGUAGACAGAUUUUAGGAACAGGGGCCCUUUUUUGAGCAAGAAUGUAAUACUACUUUAGAAUAUGAGAACCACAAAGGAUUUUCUCCUUUAGAACAACCGAUUAUAUUUCCUAUCUACUGAUAAAGAGAUAAUAUGCUUUUUCUACCAUCUUAAGUGGUAAUUUUCCCUAAAAUGUUAGGCCUGCUAUGAAAUCCCAGCUUGAAUAAAGACAGAAGGAAAUCCCUCCAGUACCAUUCUCAAAGCUGUACAGAGGAGGGUGGCUCUUAUAUGUCAGUUCUACUUUUUUUUUUCUGGAGUAUGACACUAGACUAUAGGUUUAAAUCCAGUUGUUUUCAUUGCAGAUGCUGAUAUAAUAGUGAAUGUGGUUUGGAUUCAUUUAUUUUGAAAUUGAUAGCAAUAAAAUAAAUUGAAUUAAAAAUAAAAAGCACACAUUUUUAAGAAUAUAUUUUUCAUAAGAAUACUAUAAAAUAUAAAACUAUGGGUAUAUUUCCUUUUGAAAGGAGUUUUAGAUUUAAAAAGAGGGUUUUUUUUUUUCCCCCAUGAAGUCGGAAAUUACAUUUUUUUGAAAUUCUAGAAAUGACCUUUUUUCAGGAGACCCCUUAAUAACUGUGUCUGGGUGGACAGCUCUGAAGGGAAAUAAUUCAUCAGUUUUGUAGCACAUUCCUUUUUGUUAUUAAAAUGCUAUAUAAAACCAUGAAAAUUACAUAAAUGUAUUUAUUCUUCGUGGUCACUAUGUUUGUAAAACUGAAAUUUUGAUGUAAUGACCCCAGCCUAACUACCGUCUUCUAUCUACCAUAGCCUCAAUUCUCCACCCUUUCCUAUUCAACACACCCCAAUACCUGUCAUCCUUAUACAUGGUUCCAAAGCUCCUUUCCUCUAUGUAUUCAGUCCGUGCAAUCAUGAGCUUUUCCUAGUUACCACUGAUACAGGUCUUUGUUGAAUUUGGUAUGAAAACAUGAAUAUAUAUAAUGCCCAGAUUCUAUAGAUCAAAACUUGAGAUUGUGUAGCCUCCCUGAAGUCUCUGGCCUGUCCCAGUGGCACCUCUCACUGAGACCAAAUCUGAUUUCAUCAUGUAUGGAUUUUUCUACAGGAUUUGGAUAAUGUGUCUGGUAGAUGGAAUUGGAGUGAAGGUUAAAAAGCUGUGCACUUGUUUAACCUAGGCUUGUCUUAUCGAAGCCAGGAUAGACAUGGAGUAAACUUUUUUAGAGUUGCACUGUUCUACAGAACCUUCUAUAAUGAUGGAAAUGUCUGUAUUAGUUCUGUGCAAUGCAGUAGCCACUAGCCACAUGCAGUGAUUCAGCACUUCAAAUGGAGCUAAUAUGAUUAAAAACAGCAUUUUUAAAUUUUAUUUACCUUUAAAUAGCCACUGGUGGUUAGUGACUACCUUAUUGGACUGCACAGGUAUAGAGCAUGCUUUUCCAGUAUAAUCUUUAUCAAGCGUAUAAUUGAACUUUCAUGUCUUCAAUACAAAACAAAUGCUUCUCAAUCUCUACUGUGGCUUUUAUUCUAUCGCAACUUUCUCACCUCCCAUUUACUCCUACCAGUCCUCUGAAAUUGCAGGAAUAAGAUCAUCCCAGCUUUCAAUAUUGCCAAAUCACUGACAUCUCUAACAGUGGGUUCUCUCUUCCCUGCUGUCCUUUGACUUCUGAGUCACCACUGUCCUGAAUUUCAUCUUGCAUCUCUAGCCCAUCGAUUAAGUUCCUUCAUGCAAGAUGUGCUUACGAGUGUCUACUGUGUGCCAGGAUUUUGAAUGAUAAUGAUGAGAACAAGAAUACUGUUCCAGUUCCUGUGUAGCUUUUAGUCUAUGGUCAUUUUAUAAAUUGGGGACAUUGAAAUUAAUUGGAUCACAACCCAGAAAUGUUUUAUCUUGCAAAACAGUACACAUAUAUCUGUGUAAAUAUAUUCAUAACGAAAGUAUCAAGAAGAGACCUUAUCCAUGUUAUAUGCAAAGAACAUUAAUAUUUUCGAUACUGUUUUUAAAGGCUGGUGGGGACCUAUUCUGUUAAUGCUAUGAUGCACCACAGUUUGAAAACCCUAUCCUAAAUCUGGUGCUUCGCAACCUCUGAUGUUUGCCUCUGACCAUCUCGUGCUGCCCAGCUUUCCUGAGCAUCCUUACCUAAGUGCAGAGCUACAGCCCCUACAUCCUGAGAUCCAACAGCCUCCCAGGCUUUACCACUGGCCUGUCCCAAGGUUGCCUCUCACUCAUCAGAUCUAACACUGGUCCCAUCCCCCUCACCCCCAAACCUCCUCCUUUAUUUGCUAUAUUGCCAUCCACCCAUUUACCUUAAAAAGAAACUUAGAAGGAUCCUAAAGGCAUCUCCCUCUCAUCACUUUGUAUCAAAUUAUGUAUCUCCUCAUGUGCCGGUUUGAAUGUAUUGUGUCCCCCAAAUGCCAUUAUCUUUGUGGUCUUGUUGGACAGACGUUUUUGGUGCUGGUUAGAUUUGCUUGGAAUGUGCCCCACUCAGCUGUGGG